GUCUGCCCAGCCCAGUGUGGACGUGCCAAGUGCCAGCAAGCCCCUGGGGGAGGCCAGCGCCAGGCUGGAGUGCCUGGGAGGGGCGGCGAGGGGGGACAGGUGCAGCCCAAGCUGUAAACAGGCCCAGGGGUUGCAGGUAUAAAAGCUGGAGUCCCCGCAGCUCUCAGCACCCCCAGACUGACCUGCCGCCCCAGGACCCUCGAGGGAAGCCAGACGCAGCCCGUGUGCGCCCACCGAGCUGGCCCCUGUCCACUGCAGGGCCAGGAUGGACGAGGACUACUCCUCUCAGAUGAAGAAGAUGGCCUUGGCCAUGGGCACGUCCCUGUCAGACAAGGACAUAGAGUUGCUGCCCACGGACAUGAGGCAUCACGGCUCCUUCAACUACGCCAGGUUCUUGGAGUACAUGCAGAAAUUCCAGGCCUCGGGGCAGCUGGAGAGCGCCAUCCGCCAGGCCUUCCAGACUCUGGACAAGGACAGGAGCGGCUUCAUCGAGUGGAACGAGAUCAAGUACAUCCUGUCCACCAUCCCCAGCAGCGGACCCACCGCCCCGCUGACGGACGAGGAGGCGGAGGCCGUGAUCCAGGCGGCCGACACGGACGGGGACGGCAGGAUCGACUUCGAAGAAUUUUCUGAAUUGAUCAAAAAGGAGAAAGUUCCAAAGAAGAAGUAG